UGUGUUCAGUCCAGUCCCAUCACACACUCGCAGCAUCAUGAAGCAGCACUGCGUCAUCAAACACAGCGUCUUCAAAGAGUUCCUGGCCGAGUUCCUCGGGACCUUUGUGCUGGUGCUGUUCGGCUGUGGCUCGGUGGCUCAGACGGUGUUGAGCAGAAACACUCUCGGGGAACCACUGACCGUCCACAUUGGCUUCAGCACUGGACUCAUGAUGGGUGUCUAUGUGUCCGGCGGUGUCUCUGGUGGUCACCUGAACCCUGCCGUAUCUCUGGCCAUGGUCAUCCUGGGGAAGCUGAAGAUCUGGAAGUUUCCCAUCUACGUGAUGGCGCAGAUGUUGGGUGCAUUUGUGGGAGCGGCUGCAGUCUUUGGAUUGUAUUACGAUGCCUUCAUGGACUUCACCAAUGGGAUCCUGUCAGUCACAGGAAUUAACGCCACAGGACACAUCUUUGCCUCAUACCCAGGCAGACACCUGACAGUCCUGGGCGGUUUCGUGGAUCAGGUGGUGGGGACAGGAAUGCUGGUCUUGUGUAUUCUAGCGGUUGUGGACGGCAGGAACAUCGGUGCUCCUCGAGGCGUGGAGCCACUGGCUGUGGGUCUAAUCCUGCUGGGCAUCAGUGUUUCUAUGGGGCUGAACUGUGGUUACCCUCUGAACCCCGCCAGAGACCUGGGCCCUCGCCUCUUUACUGCUGCUGCCGGAUGGGGAAUGGAGGUGUUCAGCACUGCAGAUUACUGGUGGUGGAUACCUGUCGCUGGGCCGUUGGUAGGGGGCAUCGCUGGUGCUGUGAUCUACUUCCUGUUAAUCGAGCUUCAUCACACCAACCACAAUGACAAACCUCACGAAGAACCUGAGGAAGAAGAGGAUGAGGAGGAAGACGAGGACAGCAGCCUGAAAGACAAAUACGAGAUGAUCAACAUGAGCUAGACACCUGAGAUCAGUAGAAUUCCUGUCAUGAAAUAAAGCCAGUAAACUCAUUUUCAGAUGCUGUUUACAUGAGUAAACACAUCAGUGACACCAGUAGACCUCCAUCCACCUUCACAGCUCAGACAAUGUAUGGGUUUUCAUUAAAUUAUUCAUGUUUUUUAACUAAAUACAAGCUUAAAAUCUGUAAACCCCUCUUUCCCAUAAUCCCCCAUUGCACAUAACAUUAGAAUGUAUUUUGCUGAUGGUUAAUAUUUCCCAAAGCACUCAAUUCAAUGGCUUUUAUAACUUUAAA